GACCCCGGUGCCCUGGGCCGCUGCGCGGGGCCGGCGGUCGGGCCGCCACCUCCCGCACCGGAGCGGGCCCUGCCCGUUCCCUCGUUCGGGGAGAGCCGGCGGUGAGGCCUUGCUGGGGCUGGGGCCGCCUGCUGCCCUGCUCUCCCGCAGAGGGGGCCCUGCCCGGGCUCUGGGGGCACAGGGCCCGGGGAGGAGUAACGGCGAUUGACCUAAACUCGGGGGUUCGGCCUGCCUCGGCAGGGCUGGCUGUUGGCAAUGUCUCACUGGGCUGGUCUCCUCUCUACCGCUGCCAAAUUCAACCUGCUGGUCUUGGUGGUUUCGGCCGUGUUUUCCCAGUCAAGCCUGAGCGACAGAGUUCCUGAGUUUGCCCUUACAAAAAUAGAAGAGAGCGACAUAAAAGAUGACAGCAGGAAAGAGCCGAUAACAGAAGAUGAUGCUGAUCCUGAAGACCUGGAAGUGUUUUACCCCACACAUCAGUGGCAAACCAUCCAUCCAGGUCAAGCUGUUCCUGCAGGGUCACAUGUACGAUUAAAUCUGCAGACAGGAGACAGAGAAGCCAAGCUGCCAGAUAGUGAAAAUGGAAAAAGUGACAUGAGAGAAGAGAGAAGAAGGAAAAGGCUGGGCAAGGUGGAUGUUGACUCAAAUUCAUUCACGUCCCAGGAGCUCAAAAAAGCAUUGGCUAAAAUGAAGGAGAGUGAAAAGGCAGAAAGAAAGGCCCAUGAGGAAGAGGUGAGGAAGAAGUUCCGGCCCAUAGAGCAGCUGAAGGAGGAGUUUGAAAAGCUGAAUGUGAAGAUGGAAACAGAUUAUGAAAUUAUGGUUAAAUUAAUCAGCAAAUUCAAUAGUUCUGCUUCCACGCUGGAUGAAAAAGUAGCAGCACUUUAUGAUCUUGAAUAUUAUGUUCACCAGGUGGACAAUGCUAAGGACUUCCUCUCCAUGGGUGGACUCCAGCUGGUGAUCGACGGGCUGAACAGCACCGAGGCCGCGCUGAAGGAGCACGCUGCCUUCGUCCUGGGAGCUGCGCUCUCCAGCAACCCCAAGGUCCAGAUAGAAGCAAUCGAGGGGGGCGCGCUGCAGAAGCUCCUCGUUAUUCUGGCUACAGAACAACCUCUGUCUGUCAAGAAGAAGGCUCUCUUCGCACUGUCCUCCAUGCUGAGACACUUCCCCUACGCCCAGCAGCAGUUCCUCAAGCUGGGCGGCCUCCAGGUCCUCAGGAGCCUCUUCAGGCAAAAGGGGAUGGACACCCUGCAUGUCCGUGUGGUGACACUCCUCUACGACCUCAUUGUGGAGAAGAUGCUGCUUGAGGACUCACAGCAUGGAGAUCAAAUGGCAGAGAAAAUCCAGCAGUACCGGCAAGUCAAGCUGGUGCCAGCGGUGGUGGAGCAGGACUGGUGCGUGGUCGUUUCCAACCUGCUGGCCAUGCCAGAGCACGACACUCGGGAGAAGGUCCUCAAGAUGGUCGGGGUGCUGAUGGCCUUCUGCAAGGAGCGCUACCGGGGGGACCAGGCCCUUGGCACCACCCUCAGCCUCCUGCGCAGCGAGUACGAGGAGCUGGCAGCGGAGGAGCAGAGGGAGGGUGACAAGGAUGGCUAUUUCAAGGAACUCCUUGGUUCUGUAAAUACCAUCAUUCAGGAAUUAAGAUGAAAAUAGCUGUAGAUUCAGUUCAAUUCCAGAUAAUUGAGGGCAACAGCAUGAGUUUUGAUGUCACAGUUGUAAAUGAACUUUUGAGUAAACUGCUGGACUGAAUGAGAU